CAGCCAGCCCGAGCUCGCCCUCGCCAUGAUCGCCCUGGCGUCUAGCCUGAUCGCGGUCGCGCUCCUCCAUAGCAACACCGCCGCCUUCCGGCCGCUUGCAGCUUCGCGGAGCUCGAGCCGAGCCGAGGCGCGGUUGGCGCAGACGAAGAAGGCCACAAAAAGUAGAAAGAAGGCAGGCGGCGGCGGUUUCGGCGCCUCCAAGCCCGCGCCCAGGCCGUCUGCACCGCCGCCGCUCGCGACGGUGAGCGAGAGCUUCCGGAUCUCGGAGCACGCGCUUCCCUCGGGCGAGGGAGUCAACACGAUGUUUAUGGGCGCCUACCUGAUCGAGGACGAGAGCGUGUGCGACGGCCUCGUCGCACUCUUCGAGAAGGACCCGGGUGCGCUGGCGCCCGGCGUCGUGGGCAGAGACGGGCGCGCGGUCAUUGACCCGACCUCCAAAGAGUCGCUGGAGUACUCCUUCCAGCCAGACGACGCUCGGAUCGAGUGGCGGAGGUACGUGACGGCGCUCCAGGCGUGCACGAUGAAGUACACGGCGAGGUACCCGUACGCGGCCAACCACGUCUCGCCCUGGGGCCUCUCGUGCACGACCAACUACCAGUACUACCCGCCCGGGGGCGGGUAUAAGAUCUACCACACGGAGAGGAACGGCCGGAUGGAGCCGGGUGCGUCGCGGCACCUGGUGUUCAUGACGUACCUGAACGACGUGAGCGACGAGGGGGGCACGCAGUUCUUCCACCAAAACGUGACGAUACAGCCCAAGAAGGGCCUGACGCUCGUCUGGCCGUCCGACUGGACCUUCAUGCACCGCGGCGUCUCGUCGCCGACGCAGGAGAAGCGCAUCAUGACGGGCUGGUUCAAUUUUGCGUGAGGCGGCGGGGGGCACAGGAUCCGCGACCAUGUUUGUGCAUGUAGUACCCCCCGCACAGCGCAGUGCUAAUACAUACAUACCCCCACGAAAUUUGUAAUUAAAUUUCGAAAUUCUUUU